UUUCCUUUACUUGAUUUCAUACCACUUUGAUACCCCCAUUUUUCUGAAGGAUCCUAGAGCUGUCUUAGUUCCGCUCGCCGACCUUUGCAACGCCAGUACACCCAGAUACCAAUAUCGCUUGGACCGACGAUGUCCGCUCCGACGGGCUCAGCUUCCUCCUCUGCUAUGGCCGGCCCAAGCGGUCAGAAUCCACAUCCCUUGGUGGAGAACAACGAGGAGAAGAACAGUGUCGUCAUCAAAGUCGGAAUGGUGGGAGACUCGCAAAUAGGCAAGACGAGUCUUAUGGUCAAGUACGUAGAAGGCAGCUUCGAUGAGGAUUACAUCCAAACGCUAGGCGUAAACUUCAUGGAGAAAACGAUUACGGUGCGCAGAACGACGAUCACUUUUUCUAUCUGGGACUUGGGAGGACAGCGGGAGUUCGUGAACAUGCUGCCUCUCGUUUGUAAUGAUGCUGUCGCCAUUCUCUUCAUGUUCGAUCUUUCGCGAAAGUCAACGUUGAACUCAGUAAAAGAAUGGUAUCGACAAGCAAGGGGGUUCAACAAGACCGCGAUUCCGUUCCUGAUCGGAACCAAGUUUGACACGUUCGCAACGUUUCCGAGGGACGAGCAGGAAGAAAUCACCAAGCAGGCGAAACGAUUUGCAAAGGCAAUGCACGCUUCCCUGAUCUUCUGUUCAACGUCCGCAUCGAUCAACGUUCAAAAGAUAUUCAAGAUCGUGCUUGCCAAGGCAUUCGACUUGAAAUGUGUUAUUCCAGAGAUUGAAGGCGUCGGAGAACCUUUGCUUAUUUAUGUGGAUGUGUAAUGUUGUGGACAGUCGUUUUCCUUUAGAUGACGGGUGCGGUGCGGAGGGAGAUGUAAGAUCCAUCAAGGUGACGUUUGUACGAAUUUGCGGAAUGCUAUAUCGCUGA